AUGCCAUUCAUCACUGGUACUAUAACUACUUCUAGUACUGGUAAUACUACGAGAGGCUGCAUCAAGGCAGAACGAGACGCCCUCCUCGCAUUCAAAGCAGAACUCAUGUAUCACAAGGCUCAUCCCAUCUCGUCGUGGGGCAAUUACACUGAUAUUGAUUGCUGCCAAUGGGCGGGCGUGCACUGUGACAACAAUUCUGGCCACAUAGUCCGGCUUGACCCCCGCCUCUGGCGACCACCACCAAAUAAUUUUGAUGAUUAUAAUUAUUAUGUUUGGUGUGAUGAUGAGUCAGGCCUGAGUGGCAACAUCAGUGAAUCUCUUCUUGGUCUCAAGCACCUCACAUACCUUGAUCUCAGCUUCAAUUGCUUCCUCAAUAUCUCCAUCCCAAAGUUUUUGAGUUCGUUGGAGAACCUGGUUCAUCUCGACCUCAGCUAUUCGGGAUUCACUGGUGUCAUACCUUAUGAGCUCGGUAAUCUCACUAAGCUGAGUUACCUCAACCUAGCAAAUUAUGAUAACAAGGUUGAUGAUGCUGAGUGGCUAUCUGGUCUAUCUUCUCUGAGAUACUUUAUGAACAUUAUCCCUGAGUCUCUCCCAUAUCUUAACUUCACCUCCCUCAGCUCUGUUGAUAUCAGGUUCAACAAGUUCGACAACACUAGUAUCCCAGAAUGGCUCUUCAGAAUACCCAACUUACGUCAUCUCACAUUGACAGACUGCGGGUUUACCGGCACCAUCCCUUCCUCUAUCAGAAACGCAACUUCUCUUCAAAUGCUGUCCUUAGCCUUGAAUAAAGGAAUUUCUGGUGAUAUACCGAGAGGAUUUGGUGACCUAUGUAAUCUCCAGGAGCUCUACUUAAGUGGCACUUUUGUUGGGAAGAGCUUGGAGGAUUUCAAAGAUGCAUUCUCUGGAUGCAUUAGGCGAAAUUUGAAUGUACUUACAUUUGAAUUUAGCUGGCUACAAGGUCCUUUACCAGAUUGUUACAACUUCAACUACCAUUCUCUUAUCACCGAAGCUCAUUUGGCUAAUCUCACUGGUCUCAAGUACCUAAUCCUUCAUCGUACCAAUUUGGUUCUCAAUAUAAGCACUGAUUGGAUUCCAGGGUUUCAGGCUUUUGGUAUAUACUUAUCUUAUUGUCACAUUGGACCAAAAUUUCCAGUUUGGCUUGCCAAUCAAGUGAAUCUUGCCUCUCUGGAAAUCUCUAAUAGUGGAAUCAAGGAUUCAAUGCCUAAUUGGUUUUGGAACAUCACAGGCACCAUGAUUUCCUUAGAUCUCAGCAACAAUGAGAUCAAAGGACGAAUGCCUCAACGCUUCAAAUUUCAAGCAGAAGAAGAUUAUGCUGAAAUACUCCUUAGCUCCAAUCACUUUGAGGGAUCUAUUCCUUAUUUUUCUUCUAAUGUUUAUGCAUUAGACUUAUCCAAUAACUCAUUUUCAGGAAUUAUUCCCUCAGAUCUUGGAAACUUUGUAGGAGUAAGACCUCGACUCACUCACUUGUCUUUAUCUUCAAACAACCUGACUGGUGGUAUUCCAAACUCUCUAUGUAAUUUCAUGGAGCUUAUAUUUUUAGAACUCUCCAACAAUCACUUGGAAGGAGUGAUCCCGAGUUGCUGGAACAAUUUGACAAGUCUACAAUACCUCAUCUUGGCAAACAACUCGCUGAGCCAGAGCGAGAUCACCACGAACACAAGCCAACACCAAGGUGGAACUCCUGAAGUCAAUGAUCUUCAGUACAGGGAUUCACUUCUUCUCAAAGUUCAAAUACAACAAGGAGAGGAUGAGCAACAAGACAACUAA